AUUUAUAAUCAAUCAUUAUGGAAAAAAAGUCUUUUAGAGCCAAAAGGAGCAAAAGAUAUGAAGUAACAACUUCUGAGGAAAGAGCUACUAUUAUUGAAAUGAAGAAUAAUGGAGCUACAUGCAAAGAAAUAAGCCUAGUAUUAAAAAAAAACAUUAAAACAAUAUAAUCAAUUAAAUCAAUAGAAAAAAGGUCUGAAUAUGGUGAAUUGAAGAAAGCUUUAAUAUAAUUUGGUUAUGAAUGGGUGAUUUAAAAUAAAAAUUUAGAAGUAAUGAUGUUUCAAAUAAAAAAAUAGAUUGAAAAUAUAAGGAGACUAACUAAAAUUGUGAAUAGAUUAAUUAAAGAAUAAUUAACCUCUAAAUCAUCAGAAUUUCAAAAAUUAAUACCAGAACAUAAGAAAUUAUCAAAUAAAAGAAGAAUAAUUUAAUAAAUUGUGGACUCUAUUGUUUAAAAAGUAUUAAAUAAUAGGCAAGUUUUUGAAACACCUGAUUUAACAAAUUAAUUUAAGAUUAUACCAAAAGAAGAAGAACCAGAUAAUUAAAAUAUAGAGCAGUAGCUUUUAAUCAGAUAAUUUACAAUUUUGUAGAUAAUUAAUUAUGCAUACACCUAAUUUAUGAGAUCAGUCGAUCAAUAAAAUGAUCACAAAAUUUGA